AUUGCACAUGCGCAUUCAUUGAUCAUCGCAACUUGACUCGACGAACGAGGAAACAGACGUCUCUUGGAAAAUAUUUAUUUCUUACAAAAUAAAUUGAUAUACAGAGAGGAUCGGGCGCGGUAUCGGAUAAUUCGGUGAAAAAAAACAGUCAAAAUGUUCAGUUUCCAUAAGCCGAAAAUAUACAGAAGUAACACUGGAUGCUGCAUAUGCAGAGCUAAAUCAUCCAGCUCUCGAUUCACAGACAGCUCCAAAUAUGAGCAGGAAUUUGAGAAAUGCUUCCGUAUACGAGAGAAAAGAUGCGGAGAAAUCUGUAAUGCAUGUGUGCUGUUGGUGAAAAGAUGGAAGAAAUUACCUGAUGGAACAAACCGGCAUUGGAACCAUGUGGUAGACGCCAGAGCAGGGCCAGGAACAAAGUCAACACUAAAGAUGAAGAACAAGUUGUCCCCCACAAUGCAGAAGUACAAAUCCCCCCUGAAAACCAAGCACAAAUCAACAGCAGCAGCAACACAACAACAACAACAGAUGCAUCAACAGACAUUCUCCAUUCCGAGUCCCCUUCCAGAGGAAUUGUCAGGUUAUGAAGACAGCCUUGACAAGUCGGACGUGUUCAGCCAGUUGUCCGAUGAGAGCGAAGACUCCGACCUUGACAUGACACCCUCACGGUUAACCCCCGUCUCACACAAAUCUCCGCUGGACUCGUACCAAAUCAGCCCAUUCUUAGACCUCACAUACUGGACAAUGACUCAAGUCUGUUGCGGCACCAUCUUCAAAGGCAUGAACGGUGAAGUUCUGGUUGAUCCAACACUUCUGCAUCCCUGCUGGUCAUGCAAAUCGAACAAAUCCGGCAGCACCAGUAGCAACAACAACAAUUCCAAGAGCACUAACAACAACAGCAACAGUCAUCAACGCAAGAAACACCAGAUAAGACGGAGUACUUCACUUGAGGAUUCGGACAGUAAUCCUAGUACACCAAGUUUUCGGGGAAUGGCGGACUUCUACGAAGGAAAUACCCCAGAACCUGAAACCCCUCCUGAAAGUCCUCCGGACAGUUUAAAAGACGAUUGUGAAUCGGACAUUAUGACACAAUUAACACCCACAAAAAGUAGUUAUGUGUCCAGUCACACCAUCGCUAUGGAGUGUUAAGUUAUUUAUUGCAAGUUGACUUACGAAUAUAUAUUGAGAAGAGACAAUUGUUAAUAUAUUCCAGAAUUUUAUGUCAGAAGUAAAUUAUUACUUAAGCGGGAGGAUAUGUCACUUUGGUAAUUCCAAAGAUAUGGAAUGGGGAAUUGUGAUUUGAUUUGUGCAAUGAAACAUUUUGAUGACAAGUGAUGGGUAUCUAUCUGAAGCUGGGUUAUAAUUAACGAAGGAUUCUAUUGAUUGGAGAUCAGAAAUGGUACAGAAUAAUCAAAGAAAUGUUUCAGUAUUUAUAUUCCUUGACUUACCUCAAUCCAAACAUCAUCAGAUAUCAACAUGACUUUGACAUGAUUUUCCAUCUUUCUCGACCCAAAGAGCUUCAGGGAACCUGUUAUUCUUAGCUUACACUUGCCAGUAUCUUCUUCUUGUGGUAAAAAACCUUCUAAGCAAGGAUUUCCACAAGUCAUGUCAGACAAUUUAAGCCAGGUGUUGGUUUUUUUCCUUGUAAAUUGUGAUAGAAUUAAUUUUUUACGCACCAACAGAUUUUGUUAAUCAGAUAAGUGGGUGAUGUUUUUCUACUGUUAGUUGAACAAGAUGAAUCUGCUCUAAAUUAUAUUUUUGAUCUCAGGAAGUAAACAUGUGUUUAAAUGAUUCCAAGGUGAUGACACACUUCACAACUAACGCGGUGGUUGGAACGUGUAUUUAUUUUGCGGAAGUAAUCUCAUUGUGACGAAAUUUGAGGAAGAUUGGAAGCGGUCCAUUUCCUUCCCAAUGCGUUUUGUGUUAUGGCAAUGUGAAAAUGAUGUCAUUUGCAAAUUUCCGAAUUUAUGUUCUAUGGUAAAACUCUAUGCCAAGGAAGGGUUAUAGAGUACAAAAAUUAUUCAGCAUUGAAUGUAUGAGGUCAUGACCUUGUAAAGGUCGUCAUGGUUGAGAGCACUCAUGAUUUUGCUAAGCAUUCAUUCAAGACUGAUGUUGUCAUAGUAACAGAAAUUAUAUGUAAGAUUUCUCAAAUUUUACAAAACUGAGAAAUUCUAGGCGCGUGUGUAAAUGGCAUCAUUUAAUGUAGAUGUGUUGACUAAAUGAUUCAUAUAUAUACAAGUUUCUAGGUCUAGUCACAAACUUCAUUUUUUUUUAUCGUAAAUAUUUUUUAUACUUUUAUAAUAAAAUUAAGUAAUCCAUGACUGCCAAUGAUGUAUUUAUAAAUUGUCCCAAGUUCGAUUAGUUCUAAGGUUGUCGUAUUUUGUGAUUGCUUGUGUUCGUUUAAUUGUAAGAUGGAUGUUUAAAAUGAACAAGUUCUUCCCUUAUUUCAUUCAUAACAUUUAGUUCUGCAAUCAGUUGACUUAAAAUCGGACAUUCUUUUUUGCUUAUUUUUUUCUCAAAAUGGAAAAGUCCUUUCCAUUAAAAUAUCUCAUAAAUACUCCCAUUAUUGUCUUUUGAAUCAUAUCAGAGAUUAAUCAUUGAUUUCCAUUUAUAUCCAGUUUUUUGGGGGGUUUUCAUUUCUCACUUUUCACGAAUCAGAAUUCUCAUAUUAUUUAUUAUUCAUUACAUUCAUGACAGAACUGUGAAGUUAUCUCAUAAUCAUGUGAUUUUUUUUUUUUUUUUUUUGAAAACUUGUCAAAAGAACUUGGGAUCUGAAUAUAUUUUUUUCCUCAUAAAUAGAAAUUUAGGGGGCGAUCGGUGCCAACAAUUUCUCCAUUUUAACAGUCAAAUAUAGAUGUUGAUACUAUAAGUAUUACUUAUUCAUUGUUCUGCUGUUUAUCAAAGCAUUCAUUUGUACCAUGAUCAAUUGUGAAUUUCCUAUCAGUUAAAGGGACAGAUCUCACAAGUGAUAAAGGUUAAAAAAGUUUUCAUUUUUGUGUUAAGCGUUUCCAUUUUAUAUUGGUCUUUCCUUCCAAAUGGCACUAGCAUGCAUAUCCAGUACCAGAGGUCAAAAUUAGCCCAAGCCCAUGAGCACUUCACUGGUUAAAUGCUUUUCGGGCUUGCUCAAAUUCAUUAUUUUAUAAAGCUGGGCUUGUUAAACAUUUUGCUGCCAAGCACAAGUGUGAGAGGUCAGACUUGUUCAUCCGAAAAAUUAUUAUUUUGAUGACGGCAAAAUUCCUACAAUUCCUUUGAAAACUCGGAAACUUGUAUAAAUGUUUGUCAUCAAAAAGUUUGAUGUAAAUUUUGUACAUAUCUAUUUAUUUAUUUAUUAAUAACACUAUUUAUUAUUGAAUUACGUGUAUAUGUGUUUGUUUUUACGAUAGUAUGUGACCAUUGUAGCUGAUUGUUAGCAUUUUGAUGUUUCAUUAUCUAUCUUUAUCUUUCGAAUGAAAGCUUAUGACAUGAGAGGGGCAUUACGUGACUGUGAACAAAAAUUCCUUUCAAAAACAACCCUCAAGACUCUGUAAACAAAUCUGCCUGUAUUUACUAACAACCUGAGUCUGAAUUUCAGACUUAGACUCGGAAUAUGCAAAAAAAUCUCUCUUUUUUUAAAAUGCUUUUAUAUGGGCAAAGAAAGUAAAAAUUGAUAUGUCUGUGUUUCAAAUAAUCUGUUCCACAAUCAGGCCCACAUCUUUGGGAAAAAUAAGUUAUGUUGUAGAUAUUUUGAAUCAUUUAAACAUUCGGUUUUCUGAGCCUGAGUCUGAAACUCAUACUCCAGAUGUUAGUUAAUAUAGACCCUGCCUUUCCAUUACUAAAUACGAACUCAAGUUACUGGCUUAGUUUUAGGUUUCAAUUCUAAACAGACUUCAAAAAAAGUAUUUCUCACACCAUGGCCUGUAGAUCCUGUUUAUAAACUGUUUACAUUGCUGUACAUAUUAUUACUAUUAUUGGUAUAUUAUUCAAAAUAUUGAGAUCUUUAAUGUAACAUAAUUGUAGAUAUAUCAAUAUUUAAUAUAUACAAACUAUUUAUAUUUUUAUUGUUAUGUUGUACAAUGUCAACAGCAGAUUAUUGUAUGCCAGUUAAGAGACAAUGAUAAUGUUAGGCCACACUGAAUUGAUAGUUUGUUUAUCGGAUUUACCACUAAUUCUCUUCAGAAAAUGCAUUAUUAAAGUUUUGAAUUAACCCAGGGCUGCUAUUUUUAGAUAAAAUUAAAUAUAUAUUAUUAUUUAUUGGCAGCUUGCUCAAUAAAAAAUUGGCAAUGAUCCGUCAAACAAAGAAUUGAAUUAGUUUGGCCUUAUUGUCUCUGGAAUAUUUGGCUGAAAAAUCUAGUUUUUUAAAUAGGCAAAUUGCUUCCACUACCAAAUGAACAGUUUCUCAUCAGCUUUGUGCAGUUCUAGUGAAGAAAAAGCAGAACAACACCAGUAUUUCUUUGUUUUUAAAACUGAAAUUGAAAUCCAAGCAGCUGUUUGAAUUAAUUUUUUGUAAUGUACGAAAGCCGAAGUAGGUAUUUCUACAAAAACCCGGUGUUUACAGCAGCUGCCUGUUUUUUUUUUAUAUAUAAGUACAUUCAAAACAAUACAAUAAUAUUAUAAAAACAAUACAAUAAUAUUAUAAUUAUGAAUAGUGCUCGAGCUGUGCCAAUAUUAUUUUGGCAGUAGUUCAAUCUGCAAAUGCAAAGUUGCCCUCUGGCAAGUUUCAGCAAACUAAAGUAAGACAAAGGUGAAUCAUGAACUUUCUUCGCAUCAACCAUUUUAUAUUCGUGUAAUAACUUAUUUGCUGAAUUUGCUGAAAUGAUGUCAUGAUAUUAAAAGUUUUCUUAAACAGUGGCAUUCUUUUGCUAGUGUUUAAAUGUUCAAAAUCAAUAUUAAUUUUACACCUUCGGUUUGUAAAAAAAUAGUGUAUUUUCUGUAGUAAGAAUUAGACUGAAUGAAAAAGAAACUGGUUUAAAGUAGGACUUUGAUUGAAAAGAGACUGGUUUAUAUUAGGACUUUGACUGACAGAAAAAGAGACUGGUUUAAAAUAAGACUGACUGAAUGGAAAAGAGGCUUAGAAAGCUUACAAAUUGGGACUUUGACUGACAGGAAAAGAGACUGGUUUAAAAUAGGACUUAGAAUGGCUAGAAAAGAGACUGAGACUGGUUUAAUUAAAACUAAUAGACUAGUUUGAAUAAGGACAUUGACUGACUGGAAAAGUGAAUGAUUGUUUCGUAUUCUGUAGGUAGAGUUGUUGUAAAUGUUGGGAAAUUUGUGCAAUGUCCAAGUGCUUUUUCAGUAUUUGAACUUUAUUAAGGUAUGUGUAAUGAGUAUUUCUCUGUGUACUCGGAACACAUAGUAUACCAUUAAACGAAACUGAUAUUAAGAAUAAUAUCAAAGAAAUGUUAUGUUUGGUGUACUAACUGCGUCUUUUAAGUUAUUAUUUUCAGACAAAUGUAAGAGUUUUGUUCUGUUAAGUUACUAAUUUUGUUGAAUGUUUUAUUUUCAUGCGUUUUGCUGUCUUGGACAAAAGUGAAUUUAAAACCAUGUGAAAAUAAUUGGGCGUUGAUGGAAUGCGAAAUAUGUGGAAAAAGAGAAUGAAUUUCUGUGAAAAUCUUCCCAAAAUAAUGUUUUUUACAGUAUUUUAAGGUGCUUUCACUUUUGUAUUUGUCUCAAUAUCAUUCCCUCAGAUAUUAAAAUCACAUGACUAAUUAACAUGACAUGUGAUAGGCACUGAUUGUUAAGGUGCUUAAUUUAUGUACAGAACUAGUGUGAAUACAGACACCAUUAUUGCUGAUUUCGUUCAUUGUAUGACAACGUUUAAAGAUUAGAUGUAUUAAUGAAAUGAUAAUACAUAUCGUGAUACGUUGAUGAUACAUAUUUUGUUUUUGUAAUUAUUUCAAUUCUCUGAUAAAAUGUUGACAAAUGACUUGUAUGUUUGUAUAAAUUGAGGGUUUCUAAUCAGUAUAGCUUAAUUUCAAGUUGAAUGAAUAAAUACUAAGUAUUCAAUAUUAUUUCAUAUUAAAUCAGACUGCUCAAACAAGAUUUCGUAACAUUCAUUCCAUUACUCAAACUCCAAGAGUUAGCCAUUUCUGUCGAACAAACCAAGUUGCUCCCAAAAAGUGUUCAUGAUAUUUUUUGUACCUCAUGCAAGUUUUUAGUAAGCUAAAACAUUUAUCGUCCUAAAUCAUUAUAAUAAUCGAGCGCCGUUUUGGUGUGUUUUGAGUUGUCAAAGACAUCUUGAUCUUUUCUAGCAUGCAUUUGUACAUAUUCUGUAAUAAGGGGUGAAAGCGGCAUGAUUCUAUCUGUUUCUUAACAUAAAGCCAUUAGAAUAAUUUCGCUUUCACCUCUGGAAUUAUUGUGUUGUUUUAUUCUGAUUAUUAUUAUAUAAUGUUUCAAAUACAGAUCUGUUUCCCUAUAUAUUAUAUGAAUGUUGACAGUUUUCAGCUUUUAGAUGUUUAUCAAACAAUGACAAGAGUACCUCAUUGACAUGAUAAAAAAAUGCUGUUUUGCUCUCUUCCAGAAGAAAAUAUUACUUUGGUGAUACUUCUCAACCACUGAACUGUGAUCAAUUUAAAUGCAUUUAAAAAAAAAAAAUGAACUAUUCGUCACCUUAAUGCAAUUACUUAAUAACUGCUUUUGCUAUAUGACAGUUAUUGCGUCCUUAAUGCACGAGGGUGCAUGAUGUAUUGCGCCGCUUUAUCAAGAAAUCCUUGGAUCAAUUCUCAUACCUAUCAACAGUACAAAACCUCUUCUAGAUACGAAAUUGUGCUUAGGUUUUCUUGAUAAAACAGACUUCAGGAGUAGUAUUCAUGAAAUAUCUUUAGUCAUUUCUUAAUUUCAGUCAAUUUCCUUAAGUUUGCGCAGUUAAAUUAAAAGAAAAAAUGUAUUAAAGUUAGUUUUUACAUAAAAGUAUGUAUUUUGAAUCAAAUCAAUGAAAAUAAAGUAUAACGAAGCGAUUACACCCUAUGAUAAGUUAGCUACUUAACUUUAGAAAAUUUCUGAUGCCACUUAAGAUGUUUUAUGAAUACUGUCCUAGAACUUAACUGAUAAUACAGGCAAAAAUUCAUAAUAUUUUUAUCAAUGAGUUUCGUAAACUUUGAAAAGGUAUCGUAAUUCCCAUUUUGUUUUUUUCUGAAAUUGCAAGAUCUGUGGCUAGUAAAGUAAUAUGCCACCUUAGAAUUAUUGAACUGUAUAUUGUUAGGUCACGAUUUUCCACCAAUGUUGUUAUUAUUUAUGUUUGAUAUUAUUAUGUAGUAUUGUGAAAGUCAGCAAAAUGUAUAUAAGAUUUUUAUCUACAUGUGUUUUAAUGUAAAUAAGAAACGUUUUCAGCAAAAUUGUUUGUAGCAAAUGUUCUGAAUUGUUCAUAACAGCAUUUGGAAUCUUUAGAACAAGGAAGUGAACAAGUUAUACACACAACAAAAUUGUUAUUUUAGGACGGGUACAUUUAACGAGGGAUUAGUUUGGAAACUAAAUUUAGGUUAGAAAAUAUACCAUACAUAUAAUUAAUGUUUUUUUAAAUAAUCAAGUAAAAAAGUUAAAUAAUCAAGUAAAAAAGUUAAUACUUUGAAGUUCGAAAGUGCAUACGACAAAGAAGAAAUGGCCUGUAUAAAAAUAGUGUGAAGAUUAUAAGACAGACUUAUCAGUGUCCAAAAUGGUCCCUCCUGCUUUUAAAACAGUUUUGCUGGAAACUUUAUUUGUACUAUUUAUUUAAAAAAAAUAGAUCCUAAAUGUAGUUAUGUCUGUACAUCUAGAUUACAUAGAUUUAGGUCCUGCCAAAUUGAUAAUAUGUUAAGGAGAUGGCUUUCAGUUAAAAACCUUUCUUGAAACAAAAACAAUGGAAUUUAAUAACAUUUAACAGAUAUUUGAUAGUCACUUUUUGGCCGACAGAAAAAGAAUGCAGCUGUUCCGAUUGCAAUCAAUUGUAAUAAUACUUUAUCUUAAAUGUUCAAUUAAAUGAUAAUUAAUGAAGAUUGAUUGUGAAACAUUGGUGUUUCAUGACCAAUAAAAAUAGCCUUCUAAGCUAGAUGUAGAAUCAAUUUGGUAUUGUCUGAUGUGUACAAAAACAUUUUGUGGGGUUGCAUGCUAUAUAGUAAUGUUAUCAGAUUUUUAUGACACCAUUUUUAUACCUUAAAAAUAAUACAAAUUUUAAGAAUGUUAUAUGAGAAAACAGGUGUCCGUAUUUGGUGUCCUUAAUAUGAAAGUUUUAAGGUUAAUUAGAUCUUUUGCUCUUAUUUCUGUACCUGUUUGCUUGAAUGGAGAGUAAUGUCAAAUUUCUUGUACUUGUAAUGUUGUUCUUUAUAUGUUGAUCAAAAAUGAUUGGUUCUAAUGACUGGGUGUGGCAUUGCCAUGGCAACUAGGUUAGAUUAAUAACUUGAAUGAUAGGAGAACUCAUUUUCAUGUUCAAAUGGUAAUUCACAAAGUGUAGUUCCAAGUUUUAAGUAUGUACAUUACAGAUGCAUUUUUGUGUGUGUUUACAGCCAUGGUACAAGAAAUGUCACUCAUUUUACAAAUUUUAUCUUUUAAAAUGCGAAAAAAAUGGUCAAAAAGACAAAAAAUGUCAGAAAUUAAUAAAAAGUUGAAUAAAGUGUAAAUAAAG